GAUUCAUUGGUGCUGAGACCAGUGGCCCACAGUCAGAAACUUGGUACGUUUCACGCAACACGCCCGUCAUCAGCAAUGCGUGCUGCGAGGCUAAGGGCCCGGCAGACAUCAGGCACCCGUACUGGCAAUCCGGAAAGCCGCCUGCCUCAGAGCCUGAUCGAAUUCCAAUCCACAUUUUUGCGGAAGCUCAUACUUCUGGGGAAAAGUGGCCCAUGAACAUCAGACUCUUCGUAGACGCACGUCCUGCGAUCGACGGAGCAAUUUUGGCCAUGGGCGAGCUCUCACAGGAGGUAGACGACCUGCUCUACGGAGAUGGAAGCUUAUACUGCAUGUUACAGUGUCAAUUCAACUUCCUGGAUGAAUUCAACACCCAGGGGUACGAUGGCUUGAGCCAGAAUACGCAGGACCACCCCUAUGACACUACGCAGGGAACACAGGAAGGGACGCAAGAUGAUCCGCGCUCCCAGCUCUCACAGGAGCCCGUUGUCUCGCUGUUGGAUCAGACCACAGCCGAGCUGCAGUUCGAUGACCUGGACCUGAAUCAGGAGUUUGAGCCUCCCUACGAUCCGAAGGAGCUUCCAGAGCAUGCUUGUCGCUACUGCGGCAUUCACAGCCCUGGCAGCGUCAUGAAGUGCCGAGGUGAUGGGAAGUGGUUCUGCAACAAUCGCCUUCCAGGUCUGCCCAGUAGCUGCAUCAUCCUUCACCUCGUGCGGGCAAAGCAAAAGGAGGUCUCAUUGCAUCCCGAAAGCACACUGGGUGAAAUCACCCUGGAGUGCUACAACUGCGGCCAGCGCAACGUUUUCUUGCUGGGGUUCAUUGCCGCGAAGAGCGACUCUGUGGUGGUCCUGCUGUGCCGACUUUGCUUGUCUAACAACGCGCUCAAGGAUUCGAACUGGGAUCUGGCGCAAUGGCAGCCUCUGAUAGAAGAUCGCAGCUUUCUGCCCUGGCUUGUCAAGAUUCCGGAUGCGAAGGAGCAAAUGCGCUCCUGGAACAUUACGGCUGCACAGGUGAACAAGCUGGAAGAGAUGUGGAAGACAAAUCCAGAUGCCACCUUAGAAGACCUCGAAGGGAAGGCCGGACCAGGCUCCGAAGACGAUCCCCAGCCAGUAAUGCUUCGUUACGAGGAUGCGUACCAGUACCAGCACGUCUUUGCACCUCUCGUGAAGAUGGAGGCGGAUUACGACAAGAAGUUGAAGGAAUCCCAGUCUCAGGAGAACGUGGUGGUUCGUUGGGACGUUGGCCUCAACAAGAAGCGCAUUGCGUACUUCCACUUCACGAAGGAGGACACCGAGGCUCGACUUGCUCCUGGCGACGAGCUUCGUUUGCGACUGAACUCAUCUGCUUAUGCAGACUUGGCCGGCUCUGAUGAGGCGGGGUGGAGCGCAGUGGGCCAUGUCGGGAAGAUCACGGCCAAUGAAGAGGUGGCACUUGAGCUUCGAGGAGGUCAGCAGCUGGGCCCCUGGGACAUCAACCACGGCUUCCAGGUCGAGUUCGUGUGGAAGUCCACCUCCUUUGACCGAAUGCAGGCAGCAAUGCGCACUUUCGCUGUGGAUGACACCAGCGUCUCCGGAUAUCUCUACCACAAACUCCUAGGCCACGAUGUGGAACCUCAGACGAUUCGCUCCACCGUUCCGAAGCAUUUCACUGCGCCCAACCUGCCGCAACUCAACCAUUCACAGGUGUAUGCAGUGCGGAAAGCUUUAUCGAAUCCGCUGUGUCUGAUCCAGGGGCCUCCAGGCACGGGCAAGACUGUCACCUCCGCAACGAUUGUUUACCACCUCACGCGACAGAAUCAGGGGCAGGUCCUGGUCUGCGCGCCGUCAAACAUUGCCGUUGACCAACUGGCAGAGAAACUGCACAAGACAGGCCUGAAGGUCGUGCGUUUGAGCGCGAAGUCGCGCGAAGCCGUGGCAAGCAGCGUGGACUUCCUGACUCUCCACCAUCAGGUUCGGCACUUGGACACGCCGGACCACCAGGAGCUGCAGAAGCUCAUGGCGCUGAAGGAUGAGUUGGGUGAGCUCUCGCACGUGGAUGAGAAGAAGUUCAAGCAGCUGCAGAACUCUACUGAGCGGGAGCUGCUGACUGCAGCAGAUGUGAUUUGCACCACCUGCGUUGGUGCCGGGGACCCUCGUCUGCAGAACUUCCGCUUCAAGCAGGUGCUGGUGGACGAGUCCACACAGGCCGCCGAGCCGGAGUGCCUCAUCCCGAUCAUGAUGGGCGCUAAGCAGAUGGUGUUGGUUGGAGACCACUGCCAGCUCGGACCUGUCAUCAUGUGCAAGAAGGCCGCCAAAGCUGGCCUUCAUCAGAGCCUCUUCGAGCGCUUGAUCUUCCUGGGCAUCCGCCCCGUGCGCCUGGAGGUGCAAUACCGAAUGCACCCUUGUCUUUCGGAGUUCCCCUCCCAAUCCUUCUACGACGGCUCUCUCCAGAACGGCGUCACUCUCAAUGAGCGCCUCUAUGCGGGCAUUGAGUUCCCUUGGCCUCGGCCAGACAUGCCAAUGUUCUUCUUGAACUCAACGGGCGCCGAAGAGAUCUCUGCAUCUGGCACGUCCUACCUAAACCGAACGGAGGCAACGAACAUCGAGAAGCUGGUGACCUAUUUCCUGAAGUCGGGUGUCAAGCCCUACCAGGUUGGCAUCAUCACUCCUUACGAAGGCCAGCGAGCCUACAUUUGUGCGGUACUCCAGCGCCAGACAACUUUCAGCCACAAGGCCUACGAGGAGAUCGAGGUUGCAAGCGUGGACAGCUUCCAGGGCCGAGAGAAGGACUUCAUCCUCCUGUCCUGUGUGCGAUCGAAUCAGAAUCAGGGAAUCGGGUUCUUGAAUGAUCCCCGGCGUCUUAACGUGGCACUGACACGGGCCAAAUAUGGACUUAUCAUAUGCGGCAACGCCAAGGUUCUGGGAAAGCAAUUCCGUGCUCAACCGUCGUUGUGGGUCAACCUCCUUGGGCAUUACAAGAAGUACGAGCUUGUUGUGGAGGGGCCGCUCUCCAACCUCCGGCAGUGUCACAUCACCUUCAGCAAGCCCAUGCGACUCCCGUCGCGCUACUUUGCCAAGGGCCCCAUCGGAGCAGAGGUCGGCCAGUUUGACGAUGAGAAGAGGGAUCAGAUGGACAUGGACUACUACCGCGGUGCUAGCGGUCCUGCAGCCUCGAGCACCAAUGGCAUGGGCCCCGGGAUGAUGGCCCAGUCCAUGGCGCCCGUGCAGGCUCCUUCGAAGUACUUCAACGGACCUUCCAUGUACAGCCAAAGCGGAAGCCUCUCUGCAUCGCAACGAAGCGAGCGGAGCCAGACAUCCAUGGACCGGUCCAAGAGGAAGGGCAAAAACCUGCGCAAGCAGGGAGGCACCUCGCAGUCACAGGGCUCCGCCUACUCCUCGAGUGGCUUUGGAGACAGCAUGAUGUCCCAGGACCUAUGA